CUGAGGGAAGGGAUUACAGUAAAUUCAAAGAGACGUAAAUGUGAUCGACAUCCCCAAACAUAAAGUAAACAGAAUAUAUCAGUGAAAACUGGCAUGAAUUAACGCCUGAUUUUUUCCCCCCUCUUUUUUUAGAGCAUUUGCGGUUUUUAAAAAGUGGUGAACACGGAGGAAGAGAUGCGUUAAGGUAACAGGUGUCACUUUAUGCUCAGCCUUUGCGUCAGCUCUCUGGAAACCUGUCAGCAACAGUCUCUCAGCAUCAGUGGAGGAAUGUGCGCUUUCAACAUAAUAUGAAGCUCGCGGGUCCCACAGUGAAAAACUGCGGGGAGAAAGAUCUAAACAAGCUGCGUCGUUUAUAAACUUUCCAAGUAAACGAUGUGAUGAACCACGUGAAGCAAAAAACUGCUCGAGAGUUAAGAUAAACUCAGAUGAAUGGACCGCAGGAUGUUUUCUGGUCAGGAUGGUCUAAAUUACAGCUUCAACCAGAGCGAUGACCGACAGCUGGAGGACACGGCGACGGGCACGGCGAAGCUCUCCCCGGCGGGCUUUGUAGUGCUGUCUGUGGUGCUGGGCUUCAUCAUGACUUUUGGCUUCCUCAACAACUUCAUUGUCUUGCUUCUGUUUUGCAAAUUCAAGAAGCUCCGAACGCCGGUGAACUUGCUGCUGCUGAACAUCAGUGUCAGCGACAUGCUGGUGUGUUUGUUUGGCACCACUCUGAGUUUUGCUUCCAGUAUUCGCGGAAGGUGGCUGCUGGGGCGCAGCGGCUGCAGCUGGUACGGCUUCAUCAACUCCUGCUUCGGUAUUGUGUCGCUGAUCUCUCUGGUGAUCCUUUCCUACGACCGCUACAGCACUUUGACUGUGUACAACAAGCGUGGGCUUGACUACCGUAAGCCGCUGCUGGCUGUUGGGGGCUCUUGGCUCUACUCCUUGUUCUGGACAGUGCCCCCUCUGUUGGGCUGGAGCAGCUAUGGUGUAGAGGGGGCAGGAACAAGCUGCUCUGUCUCAUGGACGGCGAACACGGCUCAGUCGCACGCCUACAUAAUCUGCCUCUUCAUUUUUUGCCUGGGUCUGCCCGUGCUGGUGAUGAUCUACUGCUACAGCCGGCUGCUCUGGGCAGUCAAACAGGUGGGAAAGAUCCGAAAGACUGCAGCCCGGAAGAGGGAGUACCACAUACUCUUUAUGGUUCUGACAACAGCAGCCUGCUACCUGUUGUGCUGGAUGCCUUACGGUGUCGUGGCCAUGAUAGCGACAUUUGGCCCGCCCAACACGAUAAGCCCCGUGGCCAGCGUGGUACCCUCUCUACUGGCUAAGAGCAGCACCGUCAUCAACCCUCUCAUAUACAUACUUAUGAAUAAACAGUUCUACAGGUGUUUCCUGACUCUAUUCCACUGUGAUCAUUGGUCGUCAGAGAACGGCAACACUUCAAUGCCCUCUAAGACUACGGUGAUCCCUCUGAACCGCAGAGUCUACAGCAACACGGUGGCCCAAAUCUCCACUGAUGCUCUCAACUAGUGUUGCACUGCCACAUCCAUCUCCUCCUCGACAACACAAACUAAGCCCGAACGCCGUAAACAACAUCCUAUGGGAACCACUGUCACGUUAAAUCACCAAUAACUCAGCUUCAUGGCUACACUUAUGUGAACUACAGUGGAAUGUGGACCAAUGCAUGAAGCAUUAUAAAGCUAAAUGUCUUUAUGUGAGCUUGUGUUUGUACAGCAAGGCAUCAAUGUGUAUUCAGUUUGAAGUUUUACAUUUGCUUUUAAUGUACUGAGACAGAUAAAUACAUGUUUUUAACCCCAUAUAUUAAAUUCCUGGAUCUAAGUAAACACACACGACCAUUACACCAGUGUGACUGCUUAACAUCUCAUUC